AUGGCUCCCCCUGAAAGCAAGGCCGAGGCGGUAUAUGACCAGCCCAAGAGCGCUCCUCCCAAGCUCUCUGACGUCAAGGAGCUCAUCGAUGAGAGCACUUUCGAGCAAAUCCUGGAAAUGGAUGAUGACGAUGACCGGGAUUUCAGCAAGGGCAUCGUCUACGGCUUUUUCGACCAGGCUCACAACACAUUCGACAAAAUGGAGAACGCACUGAAGGAGAAGAAGCUCGAGGAGCUUUCACAGCUCGGUCACUUCCUGAAGGGCUCUUCGGCUACCCUGGGCUUGACUAACGUUAAGGACGCUUGCGAAAAGAUCCAGCAUUACGGCGCCGGCAAGGACGAGUCCGGCUCGACAGACGAGCCGGACGAGACGGUGUCUUUGAAGAAAAUCGAUACCACCUUGAAGGAAGUCAAGGUCGAGUAUGCCAAGGUCGAGAAGUUCCUGCGCAGGUACUACGGCGAGGAGGUCAAGGAGGAGGAGCCCAAGAAGGAAGAACCCAAGGAGGAACAGACGAAGCUGGAGCUUAAGAAAGAAGAGCCAAAGCCCAAGGACGACAAGGACGACAAGGAGAAGAAGGAAAAGAAGGAAGAGCCCACGAAGAAAUAA